AUGGCCCCGCACAUCCAUAUUCCCUCCUGCAAGUCUACUGCAGGGAGAGCUAACACACAUACUAGCACACAUACAAAUGCAGAGAAAGCACUUGAUGUGUUCACCGGCAGCUACGACACUGUCAGAGUUUGGCCAGACAUCCAGAUUCAUCCCGCAGACAUUGCGCGCUUUGUGCAAGUUGGAUUCGACGACCAGAUCAACUCCUUUGCGACCCGCUCGGGCUUUCAGCCCACCGUUAUUCAAGACAUCUACAAAAAUGUGAGUAGCUACAAAGACACGCAGAAGGUGGUGAGGGCCAUGCACAUUGCUGCCAUGGAGUCAGCUAAAGUCGAGAUCCAACAACUGAGGAAUCAGAGGCUGCCAGAGAGGGCCAAGGCCGAGAUGGAACCCAAAGAGGAAGAAGAUUCAGACUCGGAGGACUUGUACGAGAGGCCAGAGAAGGCCAAGGCCAAGACAGAACCCAAAGAGGAAGAAAACGAUUGA